AUGGAAACAUCAGCAAAGCCCACGGUUCAGCGCAACUUUAUUGAAAUCGAUCUCAGUGACUAUGAACGUCGACAAGAUGAGAUCGUGACAGAAUUGAUGCGGGCUGCUACCACGCAAGGAUUCUUCUAUGUGGUCAAUCAUGGUAUUAGUGUGGAAACGAUUCGCACCAUGUUCCAGGCAAGCCAUGACUUUUUCGCCUUGCCGGACAACGUGAAAAGCAAGUACCCUAUUGAUGUAUCGCGCAAUGCGGGCUGGGAGAAACUGGCCCAGAUCCGUCCAUCCACGGGGGUGGCCGACUUGAAGGAAUCGCUUCAACUGGGAUUCCAUAAUGUUGAUGAGCUGUGGCCCAAGCAUGAAGAUGCGCCCAACUUUAAAGAGACCGCCACCGAUUUCAUGCAUCAGUGCAAUGAAGUGUCUGCCAAGCUCUUGACAUGUCUUGCUCUUGGUUUGGGAUUCGAAGCCGACUUUUUUACGCGUUGCCACGAUAUUACGAAAUCCGAUUGUCUCAAUACCUUGCGUUGUCUGCAUUACCAUGAUAUCACCGGGCAGAGUUUCCCGCCCGAGUAUUGGCGCGCAGGGGCACACACUGAUUUCGAUACACUCACUUUAUUAUUCCAGCGUCCUGGUGAAGACGGUCUUGAAGUGUGUCCUGGACGAGAAGCAUCGACCGAGUUUGCGGUUGGUGACGUUUGGAGCCCGGUGUCACCCAAGGAAGGCGAAAUUGUGUGUAACCUCGGUGACAUGAUCAUGCGUUGGUCGGACGAUGUUUUCAAGAGCAAUUUUCAUCGUGUGCGUGCCCCCAAAGUAGGCGAAUACCAAGGUCCCCGAUAUUCGAUUGCUUAUUUCAAUCAAGCCAACAAAUCCGCCAUCAUUCAAGGCCGCACACGCUAUCCUGAUCCCAUUACUUCGCAAGAAUUCAUUCGACAAGCCAUGCACAGAAACUACACGGCACUGCAGGAACUUCAAGCUCGUCAGGCAGAGCAAGACCCCAUUGCCGCCGCUAUCCCCGGCACCGCAUGA